UUUAUUGUUAAUCAAAUGCUGCUCGACAUCUGACAAUUGUGAAAAAUAAAUCUCAAAUGUAAUUUCAAGCCGGUACACAGAAAAAAAUUAAGUUUGACAGCUACUGAUGUUUGACGCUAAAAUUCGAUUUUCUCAUAAAUGUCAAAAAGAAAUGACGGAAAGCGAUAACUAAAAUAAAUUAAAAAAAAACAAAAAGUGGAAAGAUAAAAGAUAUGUUUAAACAUUCUUGCAUAUAUUUUUAAUCAGUAAAAGCAGUCGUUUAGUGUUAUAAAUUGUGUAGUUGUAUAAAAAAUGAUAUUUGAAGUUAAACAUAUUCAAACUACGAAGAAUUUUUAGUUUUGCUCUCGAGACAAAGACAAAAACAAAAAGUGCCAAAUGAAAAAAUACAGAAGUUCUGCAUAGAAGCACAAAUUUUAUGAAGCCUUCCCAAAAUGGAUGUAAACGUUGACGUGAACUUUCCACCUGUCGGCCAUCCACACCACAAUCGAACUCAAAUUUUGCAAAAAUACACAAAUGCAUUGAAUUUAUUGCGCACUCUUGCCGAACAGUCGUAUCGGGUGCGGCCAUUCUACUUUGAUAAUUAUUUAAUAUUUCAAUACUUCACACAACGCAGCGAAAUCAACGAAUUGAAUGUAAAAGAUAUAAAUAAUUCACAUCGGAUCUCCUUCUUGAAAACUGAGUUGCUCAAACAUUUGCUCGAUAGGCGUCGGCAGAUACUGUACUGGUUGUUCUACAUUUUGUUAGCGUUCUCUAUUCUCUUUAUAUAUCGUCAUGAAGCAACGUCAACAUUGAAAGAGACACGGAUGGAUUCAUUCGUCUACCCCGGGAUGCGUAUGUGGCGACGCUUGACAUUGCCGCUAAUACAGCGUUUUCCACGCCUAACUGAAUUUUACGACGAAUCCUGCCUAAUGUCUAACCCAUUCUUCCAAGUAGACGAUGUCAGUUGUAGACAGUGCGCGGAUGUGCAAGGUGUUAUUGAUCUAACUGAGGCAAAAUAUAAUAAACCAAAAUCUACGCAUGAUAAUAUUGAUCAGAGUAGUAAUAAUGUUAAAGAAGAAAUCACACCCUUAGAGUUAGUGCCUUUUCUAUUCAAAAUCAAUCAAACACCAAUUGAAGUGCAGGACUUAUACAAUAUUUACGCAAGCAACUAUGAAAUAUUCCAACGUGAUGCUUAUCGCGUUCAGUCCACCAAUCGCGAAGUAACGAAUCUUGAAGAACUAUUUAGUCAAUUUAAUAGCUCACUACAUACAGAAUCAGAAAUACGUCCAAGUAGUCAAGAGCCAUUGCAGGCACAUCACUUAUGGCGCUGCAAUCGUAUGAUGCCUGCACGUUUGUUGCGCCCAUUAUUUGCAUCGACUCGUCUUCCAAAUACUGGCAUCGCACUAGAGCGGUACAUGUCAAUUGACACGGCCAAAGCGUCGGCAUAUACUUUACCUGAAACGGAAUGUGCCAAUGUUUAUGUGCAACAGGCGCAAGGGUCCCGUUUCAUCAUCUUACGUCCAACAAGUGAAUGCAGACACAAGUGCCGCACGCUAUCAAUGCGACUGCCGCAGUCAUUUGUGUUAAGCUACAACUGGUGGUAUUGGAAACCCAUAUCUGCCCCUGAUCCAGCAUCUAAUACACCGUCAAUAAGUUUAAUUGGAUCUUACUGCUAAGGAUCGCUCACCAAAAGCCAAUGUUAUGAUCUCAUAUUCUGAGCAUAAAUAACAUUUGUGCAUCUAAGUUGAUGGCAAAAUACGAAAGACUUUUGCCAAUGCGACUACGUAAAUGAUUUAAAUGAUCUACUAACAUAGAAUAUCCUACCCUCUUUUAUUCCUUUUAUACCACUAUAAUCAAAAAUGGUGUCUUAAGUGUGGUAUAAUAUAAAAUAAUUCAGACUGUUGUACUUUUGCCAUUUGCCAUUUGAUAUUUUAGACGUUUAAUUUUGUUUUGGACGUUGUCGUUUAUUAACUACUGACUUAUUUUAUAUUAAACUGCCUUUAAUUAAACAAACUGUGUAAUAAUAUAUUUUGACUUAAUAGCACGAAACAAAUAUUUUUGAAUUUAUUGCAAUGUUAAAUAAUUUAUUUUAUCCAAGUUAAUGUAACGUAAACAUUUAUGUACUAAACACUGCUGUAUUUUAUAUAUCGUAAUCAGUAUCAGUAUCAGUAACUUUGUUAUCAACAAAACCGUUUCAAGCAAAAAAGUGCUGUUCGUAUUAAUCGAAUAAUGGGUCUGUGCCACGAGCUACUCGUAGUAACUUUGAGUAACACUGUGUAUACACAAGUGCGUUCCACCAGCUAAUUUUCGAGUAAAUG